AUGAUCGGCUGUCGAACUUUUGCUGCGCUGCUGGCUCUGGCUCUCUGGAUAGUGCAGAUCCAGGCCAAGUCGGUUUUCGCGCAUUUCAUGCUGUCUAACACCGCCGGCUUUACCGUGGCAGACUAUCAGCGUGAGAUCGGCCUUGCCCAAGAAGCGCACAUUGAUGGCUUUGCCGUCAACUUCUCCAUGGAUGAGGACACCACCGACGCCAACCUUCCGCUCUUCUUCACUGCUGCUGAAAGUAAGGGCUUCAAGCUUUUCCUAUCGUUUGACUAUGCUGGCAACGGGGCGUGGCCGCAAGGCACUGUCAUAACCAUGAUCAAGAAAUAUGCCGCUUCUUCAGCCUAUUUCCGCCGCGGCUCUCAGCCCCUCGUUUCCACGUUUGAGGGUCCCAAAUCUUCUUCCGACUGGCCCACAAUCAAGAAGGAGACCGGGUGCUUCUUCAUCCCGUCCUGGUCCUCCCUAGGAGCCAAGAAGGCUGUGGCCCUCGGCGUCGCUGAUGGUCUAUUCAGCUGGGCCGCUUGGGCUGAAGGCCCGAACCGUAAGAACACUGAGGUCGACGCCUCCUACCUUGACUUUAUGAAGGGCAUGCCUUACAUGAUGCCGGUCGCCCCUUGGUUCUACACAAACAUGCCGGGCUUUGACAAGAACUGGCUUUGGAGGGGCGACCACACCUGGUUUGAUCGUUGGGCCCAUAUCUGGUACUUGCAACCCGAGUUUGUGCAAAUCAUCUCGUGGAACGAUUAUGGGGAGUCUCAUUACAUCGGUCCUCUGGACGAGAGGCAAUACUCUGCCUUUGCUGCCAACAGAGGCAAUUCGCCUUUCAACUAUGUUCGGGAUAUGCCCCAUGACGGAUGGCGUGAUAUGCUGCCUUAUGUCAUCGACACAUACAAGAACAACAUCUCGACGGUGUCUCGUGAGACGUUGACUACUUGGUACCGGUUGAACCCAGGCUCGGCUUGCUCGAGUGGCGGAACCACAGGAAACACAGCCUCCCAGCAUCAGACGGUGUACUCUCCCGCUGAACUUUCGGAGGACCGCAUCUUCUAUUCAGCCCUGCUGGGCUCCAACGCGGCAGCGACAAUCUCCAUCAGUGGCAAGGCGCAGCCCCAAUGGGCCUGGGACUCCAUUCCCGACGGAGGCGUCGGUAUCUACCACGGCAGUGUGCCUUUCAACGGCGCCACAGGCGAGGUGGUCGUGACCCUGUCGAGGGGCGGCCUCUCAGUGAAGGGCCCUGCCAUCACAACGGACUGCUCCAAGAACGCUGGCCUCAGCAACUGGAACGCCUGGGUCGGCAGUUCCAGAGGCGCAGCGGUCUCUGUGACGCCGCCGCGCUCGCUCGGUGACCAAGUUUGCGUCGCCGGCACGGGAGUGAAAGAUUUCGGGGCUGCUCACGAGAAUUUCGAGGGCAUCUGCUCCUUUGCUUGCAACUAUGGCUACUGUCCUCGCGGACCCUGUACUUGUACCAAGAUGGGCCUCAAGGUGACCGAGCCCAAGUCCCUCAACAUUGAUGCUUGGCCUGCCGCUGGAAUGACUUGCACGUACGAGGGACUUUGCUCUUUCGCAUGCAACCACAACUAUUGUCCUACUGGAGUAUGCACGAAAGACGCAUCGCUCAAGGGCAAAUGCGUCAUUCCCCAGCCUAUCCCGGAGCCAGCAGAGCCAGAGCCCGAGGUGCCGGUAACUCAGCAAAGAUGCGUAUCCGGAACUGGACAAGGAAACUUCGGGGGCCUGUGUGACUUUAGCUGUGGCCGCGGAUACUGCCCCUCCCCGUGCACAUGCUCCACCAAGGGCCGCAUGGUCCAGCCCCCUGCAAGCAAACCUCUUGGCUACCCGCUGGCGAACCUUGGAUCUGAGUACAUUGGUCUCUGCGCUUUUGCUUGUUCACGAGGAUACUGUCCUCCGUCAGCUUGCACGCAGACUCGGCCUGCUGUCCCAGGAGGCAUCUUUAAGGAGACGCCGCUUGACGAUGACGGCAAGGUGAAGGACAUGGCAGCUUGCAAAGCAGCCAAUUCUGGCCUCCCGUGGAAAUGCUAUAGGAAAGACUGUGGUAUCGCUGGAAACAUCGGCAUCGACCCUUGGAAGAGGUGGGACGCAGUUAUGGCACAAAUGACCCUCGAAGACAUGAUGGCAUGGUGGGAGCUAAUCACCAGAAUUCGCAACAACGGCAACCCCGAUAUCAUCCCCCGGUGGUUGACCAACAUGCCUGUCGCCGUCGGCUGGAUGUGGGGAACCGAUCAUGACCCGAGCCAGGCCACAGAGUUACCAGAGGACUAUUCGUGCGACAAACUCGGCAAGAGUGGUUGCAAUGCCAUCAGCUGUCAGACCCUCACGUACUCGUCCGUAGCUAUGGUCGAGCUCGCCUUUGGAAACCUCAACGCAUUCUACCAAAAGUAUUACGAUGCUGUUGUCGAAGUUGAGAACUCCAUCACGAGCAACGCAAAGGACAUGGCAGCCAAAUUUGUGCGGCCACAGACCGGAAACUGGCUUGGCACGUUGAAAGUUAUCCUGGGUUCUUUCGACACCAUAUUCGCAUUCACAGGUGCUGGAAUUUGGGAGAAGGUGAGGACUUUCACGUAUUCUGUUCUGGACACAGAUCAGUUCUCCAAGUGGACGACUGCCAACGAUAAAGCAACAAGCGCACGCGACAGUAUAGGCAGCGCUAUCAGCGCGUAUGAGUUCAUGGGAGGCAAUGUUUCAGACUCUGAGCAGGGUGCCAUUGAUGCGGCCGACUCGGUUCAGAAGGCAGCCGAGUUGAUGGUGAAGAUGCUGAAAGACAGCAUUGACAACCUCAUGACCUUCUUGUUCAGUGGGGAUCCUGCUGGAUCGGCUGCCAUGAUUGGCCUCCUCAACAACGGUUUAUUCGUUUUGAACCCAGCGAAGGAUGUGAGCCAGGGUCAGAUGGGCACCGUCGUCAAGAAGGUAAUCCACGCCAGGCUUGUCACCAAUGCUUGGGCGGCCGAUGAGUCGUGUGCCCCGGUGGUGGCCGUUGGAUCGUUCGAGCCUUUUGACCCGCAGAAGACCACCAAUUUCCUGGGCAGGUGGCGCAACGACGCGUACUUGAAGUACGACAACAAAGACUUGUGGGUUAUUUGCGUCCCGUCUGUUAAGUCGAUUGGAGGAAAGACGAGGGAGAGCAGCACCGCAGAGUAUCCGUACGGCUUGCCGGACAUCGGCAAGGCAGACAACGACUGGGAGAUCACCUGGCAGGAGCUUGCGCGGUCUGCUUAUGACGGAUGGAAGGAAAACGGCGAGAAGCUGCCCUUCGGUUUGCGCAAGUCGGCAGACACGGCUACUGGAGGUCCUGACAGUCCGACUUUCCUUCCCCUUCAACAGGGCAUCUCGACUCCGGGUUUCUGGCAAGUCCCUCCGGAAGUGCACUGA